CAGAGAGGUGUUGGUGUCGGUGCGCAGCUGCUCCUCCUGCCUGCAUGGCGCGGUGCUCGGCGUCGCUUCCUCGGGGUCGCGCAGCGCGCGUUCGUUUCGGAGCCUCCUUUUAAAACGCGGACUCGGAGAGCAGAUGAAGGGUUUCUCGGUUUAUUAUUAUUAAUAAUUAAAGAUUAAUAAUAAUAAUAAUCUGCUCACACACACACACACCGGAGCGCGGAACACGGACACGGAGGAGAGUGCGGAGAAAUCUAUUCAAGGAGAUGGGAGUUGUGCUUCUGGCUACAAGCGACCUGACGCUCCACUGAGGCUCCUCGUUCAUCACCAAUGAUCUCCCUGUCGUGAAUUCAGCACGGUGCAGCCAUGUUCAGGAACAGCUUGAAGGCGCUGCUCAGCGGCGGAAAGUCGAACCGCAAGAACCGGAACAGCGGUGGCACCCCAGGGGAUGGUGAGUGUGUGUUUGAGGGUGAUUACGCCGUGCCUCCUCUCCCGGUGACUGAGGGAAUGCAGCACAUCCGCAUCAUGGAGGGAGUGUCUCGCUCUCUGCCCUCCUCACCGCUACUCUCACACCAGGCCCUCAGCAUGAGACUCCAGCCUCUCAAGAGACUCCCAGGAGAAGACGGUCAGGAUCUGGGUCCCCCUCCGUCCGUGGACGAGGCAGCCAACACCCUAAUGACGCGACUCGGGUUCCUGCUCGGGGACAAAAUGGCCGAGGGGUCAGACAGAGCCACAUACGGCUUUGAGGAACCGGAAGAGUGUCAGGCUGUUUCCAUGACCCAGAGAAUCAGUCCAUGUUCCAGCCUGGCCAGCAGCUCUGCGUCGCCCCCUGCUGGCAGCCCCUGCUCCACACUCCCUGCUGGAGGUCAGGGCAGCGGCGGCGCCUACGGCUCCAUCACGAGUCCCACGUCAACGCUGGAGAGCAGAGACAGCGGCAUCAUUGCUACACUGACUAGCUACUCGGAGAACGCAGAUCGAAGCGGGAAGCACGGCGACGCCUCACGUCUCAAACUGCGGCAGACGGGGAAGUCUUCAGGCGGAGACUCCUUCCUAUACCGCGUGGACGAGAACAUGGCCGCCUCCACGUACAGCCUCAACAAAAUCCCAGAGAGAAGCCUGGAGCACUCCGCCUCCCACUCCGCCCAAUCCAUCCCCCUCUACCUCAUGCCCCGCCCAAACUCUGUGGCCGCUACGAGUUCUGCUCACCUGGAAGACUUGGCGUAUCUGGACGAGCAGCGCCAGGCUCCGUUGCGGACGUCACUCCGGAUGCCUCGACAGAACUCCGGCGCCGGUAGAUCCGGGAAUGACCUGAGAGUGCGGUUUGCACCAUACCGCGCACCAGACAUUGCCCUGAAGCCGCUGCUGUUCGAGGUGCCGAGUGUGACGCCUGACGCAGUGUUUAUGGGACGGGAGUGGCUGUUCCAGGAAGUGGACGCUCAUUUGCGCAGCGGUGACCUCAGCAGUCGGGGCGUGAUCAUAGUGGGCAACGUGGGCUUCGGCAAAACCGCCAUCAUCUCUCGCCUGGUGACUCUGAGCUGCCACGGCAACCGUGUGAGGCAGAUUGCUUCAGAUAGCCCGCACGCCUCACCCAAACACGGCGACACAUUGCCUCUGAGUCAGCCUCAGUCGGCUCACGGGACACUGGUUGGAGGCAGCAGUUGCCCCGGGACUCCUGAGAUGAGGAGACGGCAGGAGGAGGCGCUCAGGAGACUCGCGUCUCAGGUGGUGGCAUAUCACUACUGCCAGGCGGACAACGCCUACACGUGCCUGGUGCCGGAGUUCGUCCACAACAUCGCAGCCUUGCUGUGUCGAGCUCCUCAGCUGCAGGCAUACAGAGAGCUCCUGCUGCGACAGCCACACCUCCAGAGCCUGCUCAGCCUGCGGUCCUGCGUCCAGGAACCGAUCACGGCCUUCAACCGCGGCCUGCUCGAGCCACUGCAUGCGCUGCACAGGGAGCGUAAGGUGGCAUGCGAUGAAGAUCUGAUCGUCCUCAUCGACGGCCUGAACGAAGCCGAGUUCCAUAAACCGGAUUACGGCGACACAAUCGUCUCCUUCCUAUGUAAAACCAUCGAGCGUUUCCCUCCAUGGCUCAAACUAGUGGUGACAGUCAGGACCUCACUACAGGAUGUUACUCGGCCGCUGCCGUUCCACCGGAUCUCUCUGGAUCGCCUGGACGAGAGUGAUGCCAUCGACUCGGACCUGCAGGGUUACAUCCUGCACCGCUUGAACUCCAGCCCAGAGAUCCAAAACAACGUGGCGCUGAAUGGCAAGCUGGACAACGCCGCAUUCGCCAAACUUAGCGCUCACCUGAAGGGCUUGAGUCGCGGCUCGUACCUAUACCUGAAGCUCACGUUGGACCUGAUCGAAAAGGGCUACCUGGUCCUAAAGAGCUCCAGUUACAAGGUGGUGCCAGUGAGCCUGGCUGAGGUGUACCUGCUGCUGCUGAACAUGCGUUUCCCCACGCAGUCAUCGUUUGAGCGAGUGCUGCCGCUGCUCAACGUGGCCGUGGCGUCUCUGCACCCGCUGACAGACGAGCAGGCGUUAGGGGCGGUAAACGCGGGCGCCAUACGCGGCACGGUGCUCCACUGGGACGACUUCCAGCAGCGCGCCGAACUCCUUACACCAUUCCUCAUGAAGAGGAGGGAUGGCACACGCAUGUUUGUCCAUGCCUCCUUCAGGGAAUGGCUCAUCUGGAGAGAGGACGGAGAGAAAACCAAGUUUCUAUGUGACCCCAGGAGUGGACACACUUUGCUGGCUUUCUGGUACUCACGACAGGAUGGCAAACUGAACCGUCAGCAAACCAUCGAGCUCGGACACCACAUUCUCAAAGCACACAUUUUUAAGGGACUGAGUAAGAAGGUUGGGGUUUCCUCGUCUGUGCUGCAGGGAUUGUGGGUGUCGUACAGUACAGAGGGUCUGUCUGCUGCUCUCGCAUCCCUGCGUAACCUAUACACCCCCAACAUCAAGGUCUCUCGUCUGCUCAUUCUGGGCGGAGCCAACAUUAACUACCGUACAGAAGUGUUGAACAACGCUCCGGUUCUGUGCGUGUAUGCGCACCUGGGUUAUAUGGAGAUGGUGACACUGUUCCUGGAGUUUGGCGCUGAUGUUAAUGGAGCAUCAGAGAGCGGCCUCACACCACUGGGCUACGCAGCUGCCGCUGGUCACCUGGCCAUCAUCACCACCCUCUGCUCCAAAAACGCCAAGGUUGACCACGUGGACAGGAACGGUCAGUGUCCUCUGGUGCACGCUGCUCUAAGAGGACACCUGGAGGUGGUGAAGUUCCUGCUGGAGUGUGACUGGAGCUCUGAUGCAGCAUUCAGCAAAACACAAGCUCUACAGCAGGCACUUAUUGCAGCAGCCAGCAUGGGUUAUAAUGAGAUUGCUUCAUAUCUACUGGACCUUCCAGAGAGAGACGAGGAUGAGGAGGAGAGCCCUCACAUUAACAGCUUCGACACCCUGUGGGGGGAAACAGCUCUGACUGCAGCAGCAGGCAGAGGGAAGUUAGAUGUGUGUAGACUGCUGUUGGAGCAGGGAGCCGCUGUGUCUCAGCCUAAUCGCCGCGGCAUUGUGCCACUGUUCAGCGCCGUCCGCCAGGGCCAUUGGCAGAUUGUGGAGCUGCUUCAGAAUCAUGGUGCUGAUGUAAACAUGGCGGAUAAACAGGGUCGCACUUCUCUGAUGGUGGCCGCCUCCGAGGGUCACCUAGCCACUGCCGAGUAUCUGCUCGAACAGGGCGCGUCUUUAGCUCUAAUGGAUAAAGAGGGGCUCACGGCUCUGAGCUGGGCGUGUCUGAAAGGCCACCUCCCGUUGGUCCGUGCGUUGGUGGAGAGAGGAGCGGCCACGGCACACGCUGACAAGAGCGGCCGCACGCCGCUGGACCUCGCCGCCUUUUACGGAGACUCUGAAGUGGUGCAGUUCCUGGUGGAGCACGGUGCCAUGAUCGAGCACGUGGACUACAGCGGCAUGAGACCUCUGGACCGAGCUGUGGGCUGCAGGAACACGUCGGUGGUUGUGGCCCUGCUGAAGAAGGGCGCCAAGAUAGGUCCAGCAACGUGGGCCAUGGCCACCUCCAAGCCAGACAUCAUGAUCGUCCUCCUGAGUAAGCUGAUCGAGGAGGGAGACGGAUUCUACAAGAAAGGAAAGGUGAAGGAAGCAGCCCAGCGUUAUCAGUAUGCGCUAAAGAAGUUCCCUCGGGAAGGUUUUACUGAGGACCUGAAGAGUUUCCGCGAGCUUAAAGUCUCUCUGCUGCUCAACCUGUCCCGCUGCCGCCGCAAAAUGAAUGACUUUGGCAUGGCGGAGGAGUUUGCCUCCAGAGCUCUAGAGUUGAAACCCAAAUCCUAUGAGGCCUUUUACGCACGAGCCCGCGCCAAACGCAGCAGCAGGCAAUUCCACGCAGCCCUGGAGGACCUGAGUGAAGCCAUGCACCUGUGUCCAAAUAACCGUGAGAUCCAGCGUCUGCUGCAGCGUGUUGAGGAGGAGUGUCGCCAAGUCGCUCAGCAACAGCAGCUGGAUCCGCCUCCUUCCCCUCCCCAUGAGCAAGCCCCACCAAUGGUGCCGCAUCCUCCUCCGCUGGAGCCCCGCCUGUCUGACAUGGAGCCAGUGCAGGACCUGUUUGAAGAGGAUGAGGAUUACCUCGAGCGGGAUUUGGAUGGUCUUCCACUAGCUGUAACUGCGGAGCCUCGUUCAAGUCCUUCAGGUCUCCCUGUCAUUCAGAACAUGCCACCCUCCCCAAGCCACCUGCCCUACCUUUCUGGAAGUGCUUCCAUGGGCCAGGCCUAUGAUAUACGGCCCAGUCCUCCUUCCAUAUCCUCUCCAACCCGCCAGGCUUACCAGUCCCCAUCUCCAUCGCUCUCUCCAACUCAUCAGACCUCCCACUAUCGUCCGAGCCCCCCACACACUUCCCCAGCCCAUCAAGCUUCUUCUUCUUCGUCCUCUUCAUCCUACCAUUUUAGUCCGCCUCCCUCACCUUUACGCCGUGGAGCCUACACGUCAGAGAAUGCAGCCAUUUACAGACCGCAGUCUGCCUCUGUCAGCUCAAGCCGCUAUCAACAGGAGGCACUUUCUGGCAGACCUAAAUCACCGCUGGCUAAAAUGGGCAGCCAGCGCUCACUGCAGCAGCAAACCCCAUGGCUGCAGCCAGCCAAGGCCCAGAUCGUACGCACAAAUCAGACCAGUGGCUCGGUCCACUCCAGCGCUUACUCUCACGUGGCCCAGUCUAUGAGAGGACAUGUUCCUGGAGAUGUUGAUGAGCUUGGGGAGGUGGCCUAUUCAACACCACUUCAGAUUCAGGGCAGUGUGUACAUUGAAGAGGAGCUCCCUCAGAGGCCCUCACAUGCAUACAGGCCUAACAUCACAGGUCCACGCUAUGGUCAAAUGGCACCACAGAUCAGCCGCAGCCAGUCAGCUGCUUAUUAUCCUGUCCAGCCACAUGAAAUUGAGCGCCAGCCUCAGUUAUCAUCACCUGAGCACCCGCAUGGUCUCCGGCGCCCACUAAGUGCCACUGGCCCUACCCCACGGCCUCUCAUCCACUCUCAGAGCACUGGCCUACGCUUCUCACCCUCUAGCAGCAGUCUAACAGCAGGAUCCACCUCCAAUUUAGGUCCAGGUUUUAGGCCCUCAGCUUCAGUGCAACAAAUGGAGAUCCCACUGAAGCUGGCAUACGAGGGUGCAUACAGUGAUGACCUGUCGCCAGUUUCUCCACCACAAGGCACUGACAUGCGACUUUUAGGAGGCACUUACCCAGGCGAGGCUAUGCGGGCACGGAGCACACCUUUCAUGGGUAUCAUAGACAAGACAGCACGGACUCAACAGUUUCUUCAGCAACCUUCGUCCUCUUCCUCUACGUCACGCACCUGGGCCGUGUCUUCCUUAGACACUGUGGUCUCCAGCCCUGCCACAUCACCUGGCAAUAUGACCUAUGGGCACCUUGCCUACUACAAUCGCACUAACAAUGCCCACAAUGGACACCUUGUAGAGGAUGACUACUAUCGGCCAGAUACCGCAGGCCGGGUGAGUCAGGCACCCACAUACCCAGAUGUUAAGAUGGCACGAACGCUGCCGGUCUCACAGGCCUAUCAGGACAGCGACUACAGACAGGUGGGCCAUGGGGAACGCCAAGGUCCUUCUUCUCCAAUCAAACCAAAGAGGCCAUUUGUUGAGUCCAAUGUUUGAGGCACACCUUGUAAAUAUUAACUAGGACUCACAUGAUUCCCUCCAAACACACGUUGAUGUAAUUCUAUCUUAAAACUUACCAUGUGGACCUGAAAGGAGAAUCUGCUUUGGGAUCAGGACAUGCAGGAUGCUUUUUUAGAAGCCUAAAUAGAAUUGAGCCACUGUAACUGCUGUAUGCUAGCUAGAGAUGCUGCACUAUGGGAUGUUUGUAUCAGUCAUACAGAUAGUCUGACCCCCUGUGGUUUUCAGAAAGGGUACAUUUAAUCAGAAAGCCACUUUAAGCUUUGAUAUUAAGAUGAACAAGAGUAUUGCAGAGCAUAACACAUCCAAUAUGCAGGACUUGUUCAAACACAUCUGGUGACUUAACCCUAAAAUUGUAUUGGAAAAUGGAUAUAAUAGAGCUUCUUAACAGCCAGUACUUACUCCUGACACACCAAGCUGUCUGUUGUCCUUACUUUUAACUGCAUUUCUAACACAAUUAAUGCUGGUCGACUAGUUAAAUGCCUCUGCAUACUUCAUUUUGGCAAAUUGGCAAAUCGCGCGUAUGCUUUUUGUAUCAAACACAUGACAGAUGGGCAAACAGCUUCUAACAAGACGUGGCCAAACAUUUUCCUGUAGUCAAAAUUUAAAAAUGAAAAUUUGAUAAGGCAGUAUGGUGACGUAGUAGUUUGCACUGUGGCCUCACACCUCCAAGGUUGAGGGUUCUAUUCCGGCCUCGGGUCUGUGUCCGUGGAGUUUGCACUUUCUCCCCGUGCUUGGUGGGUUUCCUCUGGGCCUUCCGUUUUUAUUUCCACCGUCCAAAGACAUUGGUGAUUACAUUGGUAAUUGGUGUUUCCAAAUUGCCCAUAGUGCUUGUGUGUGUGCACGGCCUGUGAUGGAUUGGCAACCUGUCCAGGGUGUACCCCGCUUAAUGCACUAUUGAUAAAAAUGAUGAAUGAUAUGUAAAUUGAUAGCACCACCUGCAGUUAUGGAACACUUAAAAAAUCACAAAAACUGUGCGAUAUUGUAGGCAGGCUUCACGCAAACCUAGUCCUAAUUGUUGAAAAAAGUGGUCCGAAGAAAGUUGUUUAAUUGACCUGUUUAGCUGAGCAAACCAUUGGGGGGAAAGAAACACCAAAGCAAGUCCUGCUUCACCAAUACAUUUGCACCAAAGAAAUCUUUAAAAAUAUAAUUUAUGUUGUAUUACAGUGAUGUCAAAAUGAUUGCCAGUUGCUAGUUUGUUUAUCUGAAAGUCAUACUUCUGCGUUAGUGUGUGAUGACAGAGUAGGUACUCAUACCGGUACAACAUUGGCUUGAAUUUAUAAAGAAGUUAUUUGUGCCUGUUCUACUGGCUGUUCCAGUGCAUUCGCUUGUUUUCUGUCAUUGGCUUGGUAUGUCAUGGUCCUAAGUCUGAAUGUUUUGCAAAGCCUUGGAAACAGUACAUCUCCUACAUAAAUAAUGAGUUUCAUGCACAGUGUGUCUGAAAUCUUGCACCCCAAGAGAAGAGGCCCAAUUCAGGACUCGUCCAUGCCUCUAGGGGACAACGUCUGAACAAGCCACAACGUUGCCAGGCUUCAACCUUGAUCUUAAGCCUUGUCUGUAUAUAUGGCUAUAAAAGGUGAUCCCAAAUCAGUGUGUACAUAGCAAAAGUAAUGACAGAAAAAAAAUGAAUAUUUAUCGAUUUAAGUUAUGUUUGUACAAAAUUAUAUAUAAACAUAUACAUACUUUAUUUUGCUCUUGGUGCCGUUGUGCUCCGCUUUCUUGCUCCUGGUAAAUCAGUAAUGUGAAUUAUUAAAAAAAUAUUUUCCUCGUUUUAAGGGCAGUUUUGGUUUCAUGCAAAUGUUCCCAUGAUCCUUUAAAACGCCGCACUUCGGUUUACGGACAGGAGGAGGCACUGCAACAUUCCGGAGUAUAAUCUCGAUCAUCUCAUGUUCACAUUCAUGAAGGUAACAGAACGUUAUUACAUGUGGACGAUUUUUUGGACGUUUUUGUGAGAGGAUACAGUCAUUAUGGAUUGAGAAUUUAUUUUACUUUUAGACACUUUUUUUUCAUUUAGAUCAUUUUACACACUUUCCCAAAAUGUUAUAAAUUCUCUUACAUUGUAUUUAUUUCUUGUUUCUAUUUUUAAAGAAGUUUGGAGUGACUUCUAUUAAGCCUCUGAUUUUCAUCUUUUUUGUUUUACUAUGUUUUUCUUUAUCAGCACAGUUUCGUUAGUUACCUUUUCUCUCUUUUUUUUUUUUUUGCUUUUUAUUACUCUUACAGUUAACAGUACUGGAAACUCUUUGUCCUUUGUUUUAGUCAAACAUCUUCAACUGCUGUCGAAAAAAAAGCCUGUUUUUUUUUUCCAAAUGUGUUAAAACCAUUUUUUAAUGGCUGAUGUGUAAAUGAUUGUACAAAUUGUGAUUAAUUAGAAUGCAUGCUCUAUGCUGAUGCACACAUUUACAUUUGUGUGCGUAUGCGUGUGAGUUUUCACUUAAUUAUAUAUAGAGAGAAAGCGAGGACAGGACUGUGCUUUAAUCAUUUCCCUCGUUCCCAUAUUUUCUUCUCCCACACAAUUAUUUUUAUUUAAGUUUUAUAAAGUUUCAGUUGUAUUUUGUUCAAAAUCUCAGCUUGCUGUUUGCAGAAUUCUCUGUACAUGGUUUUAAGCCGGAGUAAACGAAGAGUAAAAGCCAGAACCAUUGAAUGCAUUUUUUUGAUUGAUUUUUAUCAUGAUUGUAAACUCUACAGACAGCUGUAUGGAAAGGUGAUGAUAAUGUACUAAUUUAAGAAUUGAAAGAAACUCCCUUGGGGUAAAACAGUUA